AUGGAGGAAAACCGGACUUCGGAAGGUACAGGCUUCAAGCCCUCCUUCGAGUCAAAACAACCUUUCCCGCCCUUAAUGGACGAGCUUGUCUCGCCCACGGAUGCACAAGGAGCUUUUCCUGAAGAUGAAAGCAUCACCUCGCCCGGCUACGACGAGAUCGAGGUAGAGGACGAUGCCGAUUUCCAGUCUCACUAUUCCCUCGAUCCUCAAUCAUUAUCCGAUUCAGAAUCAGAAGAAUCAGAAGAAGAAAUUGGGCGCGAUCACCCAUUCCGACAAUCCUCCAGCUCCCUCCACGGACCCAAUGCCUUUGCACCCCCCUUUUACAAUCGACCGCCAACGCCUCUGCCACCGUCUCCUUCCCUGACAUCCUUGCUACGGCCGCCUUUCUCAACUACCACUUCACGUCCUACGACACCAGACAGCUCUGAUGUGGAGACUCCGAACGAUACGGAGGCUGCCGUGGCGAAGUCUGCCCGUCGUGCAACUACUGUCCCCCGCGCGAGUCCUAAGGUCCCUACAUAUGAGUACUAUGGGUUCGUGCUCUAUUUGGCCUCGUCACUUGCCUUCUUGUUCUACUUGCUAUGGUCAUAUCUCCCGUCACCUUUCCUUCACCAGCUUGGAAUCUAUUACUACCCUAAUCGCUGGUGGGCUCUGGCCAUCCCGUCUUGGUUGGUAAUUUCGAUCGUUUAUAUCUACGUCGCGCUCGCCUCAUACAACACCGGGUAUCUCACCUUGCCCAUGAACAGCAUUGAAAAUAUCGUCGAUGAAGUUGCCAAUGUCGCAGUCAUUGAUGGAAAGGCGCGACGACGACCAGGUGGAGCGACCAAGAUGAAGCCAGGUGCCACAUCUUUCCAGAUUAUGGGUCCGCAAAAUCGCAAGGUCAAUUGGUGGGAGAUCUGGAGUGAGGGAACAGAUGCGGUUAUGGAUAUUCCGGUUGGUGGUGUAUGUGAGGUUUUAUAUGGACAGGAUCGUGACGAGGAUGGUUUCGACUCGUAG